AUGGCCGGUAAAGGAAAAGGCAAGAAAAAAGAAAAGAAGUCUAAAGAGGAUGGCGGUGAAAAGAGAAAAGCUAAAAAAGGUGGGGGAAGACCUAAGAAAGGGAAAUCAAAAGGGAGAUGCAAUAUUGAUAUGCUGACGGAUGCUGCAAUGGAUAACGUGUAUUAUGCAUGUCAUAAUGUUCAAGAACUACUGCAGGCGAGAGGAUUUUUUUCACCUGACUUUACCAAGAAGAAGAAAAAGGGGAAGCGAUGA